AAUAGGAUUUUUAUUCCGUAUGAAUUAUUUUUUAAAGGGUACAUUUGUAAUGUUAUUUCUAUAAUUACUUCUUUCUUCCCUAAUUUCUUCCCACCAAACAAUGGGAUUUAACUUUUCUUCAACCCACUCCAUUUCCUUCCCUUGCAAAAACACUCAUAGGGAUGGAGACUAGACUUGGGGACCACAUUCACCUCCAUUUAUUCAUUAUGCUCUCUGAUGAAAAUGUUGUUUUGAAUUUCUAUAAUGACAGACAAAACUGUUAUUGGUUUUAUUCAUGUUUUAGUUGAUGGCUGUACCUAUACAACUCAGAAUACUGGCUUUAAGUGCUACGCCUGGAUAAUAUCGCAGUGAAAGUGACAGAGAUGUGCUCCCUCAUGUGCAUGACCGAAAGAUAGAACAUAUUAAGGUCGCUAUGGGACAGGAGGCUGAUGAAAUUAAUAAUCUUCUCAUGGAUGUAAUAUUGCCAUUUGCUGCACGGCUUUCUGCAUUUGGAGUACUUCCGAAUAGGAAUUAUCAGACACUCAGCCCAUUUGAGAUAAUUGAUGCACGGGCCAAUUUUCGUAGAGAUCCACCAAAGGACAUUCAUGAAAUAAAGUAUGGAGAUAUUGAAAGAUAUUUUGGAGUCCUUUUGACACUGUAUCAUGUUCGAAAGCUACUCUCAAGCCAUGGAAUAAGGCCUGCAUUUGAGAUGCUUGUUGAAAAGCUGCGAGAGGGGUCGUUUGCUCGACUAGUGAGUAGAAACGAAAUUCUUUUAAAAGCAAAACUCCUAAUGCAGAAAAGUGUAGAUCAUGGAGCUCCAAAUCCAAAACUGUCAAAAAUGCUUGAGAUAGUGAUUGAUCACUUCAAAAUGAAUGAUCCCAAGAACUCAAGGGUUAUCAUCUUCUCAAAUUUUAGAGGAAGUGUUAGGGACAUAAUGAAUGCAUUAGAAAACAUCGGACCAUCUGUUAAAGCCACAGAGUUUAUAGGACAAAGCUCAGGAAAAACAUUAAAGGGCCAGUCACAAAAGGUUCAACAGGCUGUUCUAGAGAAAUUUCGAGCUGGUGGGUACAAUGUCAUUGUUGCAACCUCGAUUGGAGAAGAAGGCUUAGAUAUAAUGGAAGUUGAUUUAGUUAUUUGUUUUGAUUCUAAUCUCUCCCCAUUGAGAAUGACUCAGCGCAUGGGGAGGACAGGAAGGAAACACGAAGGGCGAGUUGAUAUCCUUUGGUCAUCUAGCUUGCUUAUUACAAAUUUUCUGCUUCGGCAGGAAUGCCUGAAGUGGUGGGAGAGUGAUAGUUGCCACAAGGAGGGAGCAGGGCAGUUGAAAGAGUUUCCUUUACUGUUUCCACUAGUUUUAGCUUGUGAAGGGCAAGAACUCAAAGGGUUUCUGCGAAAGCAAGCAACAAACAAGACACUGGGGAAACUUAUGGCGAGUGGUGGAACAAAAGCCUUUAGGUUUCAUCCCAGCCCUAGGAUGAUUCCACAUGCUAUCAGACCAGAAGUUCAACAUGUUAAGCUUUUGAUUGAAACAUUUGUUCACCGCGGGAAAAAACCAAAUGAUGUUCACCCUCUCCAAAUUCCUGUAUUGGGAAAUAAACUCAGUGACACUGAAAUCAAAUUGCUUGCAAAAUAUUUCAACAACUCUGGAGAGAGCUUGUGGAGGCCAUCGUUAAUUGCAUUCCGUCAUCUCCAGGCAUUUCCAUCUAGGGUGCAUCGUGUACCACAUUCAUUUCGAACAGAGAUGCUAAUAGAUGCAAUGCAACAUUUGGAAGGGUUAUCAUGUUCUAGUAAUUUUGAAGCUUUAAGUGAGGUUGGAACUUCUAGAGCUCUGUACAUGGGAGGCAAAGCUGCAGAACCAUGUGAAAAUGGCAAAGCUGAGGACCAGCCGGACCCAUAUGAAAAUUGCGAAGAUCUGGAUAUACUUGGUUGUUCACCUGAAGAAGAGUGUGAGAUAUUAGAAGAUGAUAAAUAUUCAGUUCCAGUCAAAACAAUGGUUGUUGAAGGGAUGGAUUCUGAGAAUGAAUUGACAGGGGAGAAUUCCCAUGCCCACCUCUGUCUAUUUGACUCGGAGCUUGUAAAGGUUGAUAAUCUAGGAAAUGUUUUAGUCUCUUCGCCACAACUUUCUACCAAAGCAGCAGCUUCUGAGUCUAAAUGUGUGGGUCCUGACGCGAUGGAAGUGAAAUUUCCAACAGAAGAUGUUUGUCACUGUAUGGAUUCCAAUGAUCUUAUCCAUGAAAACACUAUGGAGUUGAAAGGAGAAUUUGCUGAUCAUGGAGAGAGAAUGGAUGAGGACAUUCUGGUAUCCAGGUUAUGCGAUGUGGAUGAAUGUCAACUACGUUUCCAGUCAGAACGAGUUCUUCAAACUCCUGUUUUCCAGGUAAUGUCAAAAGAUAAUAGAGCAGCAAAGCAUCCGGAAGCAAUAAUAACAGAUAAAACAGACAAUUUAUUGAGUGAAGAAUUGAGCAAUGACUCCAAAGAUGUGGAGGCACAUAGUCCACGGCUAACUUACUUUAUUAUGAGUGGUGUUGUUCCAGAGUCUCCCAUAAAUAGUCCAGCAGAGAGAGAGAAGAAUGUUCAAAAACUGAAUUCGGAAGGCUUAGUGGCAUCCAUGCUACAGGAUAAGAAGGUCAACCAUUGUGGUACUAGUGGGGAAGAUGGUUUUCCUUCACACGUUACAAGUUCAACUCCUUUACAAAAAGGAGAGGGAUCAAGAACUUCCAUGUCUUCCCAUUCAAAUAGUAAUUGUAUUAAACGAACUCCUUAUGCAAAAAUGUCAAGCCCAAGCUGCAGCAAAGACUGGCUUCUAGAAUCUCAACACAUGUCAGAAAGAGCUGGUGUAAGGAACAAGUUUAGAAGGUUGCGCAAGCUAGGUGAUGGUUGUAAAGAAAUAUCUCAAGAAUACACAGAAAAAAAUAACGUUUCUCCCCAAAAAGUUGUAGGCUCUUGUUUUACGUCCAACAGGGCUGUGAGUCGUGUAACCAGGAGGAAGCACAGAGGUGAGAUGAGGCAAGUAAAAGAUGCCAGGGCAUUCCUUGAAGUGGAAGCUGAGGUUUCUUCAGAAGGCUUGGCAUCUGAUGAAGAAGAAGAAGAGGAGGAUUGUAAUUCAUAUGAUGGCAGUUUCAUUGAUGACCAGAUAAAUUCUCCUGCAGUGGACACUCAAGCUAACUCUUGUAGAAUGGACAUGAUGGCAAUUUACAGGCGUUCUUUACUUACUCAAUCCCCAAUGGAGCUAUUGCCAAAAGCGUGCAGUUAUCUCAGUCCAGAUUCUUUGGCUACAAGAAGUGUGAAAGCAGUAACUACAAGCUCUUCAGGAACAAUGGAUCACCGAACACCCCAAACAGGCUUAGGGUCAACAACUAGAAAGUCAGAAGUCGUGCCUUAUGCAACAACAUCUGCAUGUCCUUUAGGAGAGAAUCGGAGCAAGACAGGGAGUCAAAAACGCAAAUUUAGUUCUUGUGAAACUAGUCCACUACCCGCACGGAAUUUGGAGAGUGAUUUCUUGCAGCAGAAUGGAGCAGGGGGAAGCCACUCUCCCUUGCCGGUACAAGAGCAUAACAAAAUUGAAAAUGGGAACUUGCUGGAUGAUGAUGAUGAGUUUUUUAAAGGCAUUGAUCUUGAUGCGAUCGAAGAAGAAGCCGCUAAAAUGCUUCAGCAUAAACCACAAAGCGUCUCAGUUCACAAUCAACCCAUUUCAAUUCCAGUUCCUCAAAACGUUGGUAUUAGUGAUUCUCCUUCAUUUGAUCUUGGUUUUUAAUAUUUGGACUAGAUUUAACAGUAGAGUAGCAGUGUCUGUACACCUCUUGUACAUAACUUAUACCUUGUAUGUGGCUUAUCUUUAUUCAUUAAUGGAUAAAAUCCACAGAAUAUGCAUUUUCAUGUAACAGUAAUGCAACUUCACUUGUAAAGAAAUGAAAAUUUUGGCUGUUU